CAGCAGUCACGAAAGUUGAAAGCUAGCUGCUCUACUUUAUUCUUAUCACACACACACACACGUUGACAUCUGCUGUAAUUGUAAAGAGCCUACUUUUUACUGCAAGUCAGCGUAGCGCCUACAAAGUCGCUGCCAACUUAACUUUUUGCGCUUGUGCGUUUGCUUUUCACACUCUUGUGCCCCCCGUUGCCCACGCCCCGUUGGAGGCGUGCGCCCAGAACAGCCGUCAAGACGACUUACUCGAUCAUGAAGAUGAGCUCGCCAAGGAUCAUGCAGCAGAAGCGGAGCAGUAAAUCAUCGAAUUCGUCACGUGUCUCGAUGACCACGUCGACGGCCGAUGAGAAUCUCAUCGAAUCGAAGCUCUUCAGCUGGAUGCGACUCUUUCGCUUCGCCUCGCUGCUCUGUCGCGCCGAGUAGAGAGGAGAGCAGAAGAGCGAAUAACUAAAUCGAAUGUUCUUUCUCCCCGAUAUGCUCUUCUCUAGUUGCUAAGAGACAAACCCCACAAAGCUAUCUCUCCUAUCUCUCUAUCCUAAAACAAAUAGAAUAAUGGAAAAUGCAUUCAACAAACAAAAGAUACACAAAAAAAAAAAAAUAACUAAAAGAUACUCGUGCUAGUUGCCGCUUUCGAUUCAAGUUUUCCUAUUAUAUGAUAAACAAAUAUGAAAAAGAUUAACAAAGAAACUUUAAUUAAAUAAAAUAUAAAUUACAAAGAAACAACACUUUAUAGAUUCUGCAAUGUAGAGCGUAAGAAAAAUGUCGGGUAUAUUUCCAUUAUCGAAUUAAUCAGUUUUUGGAUUUGUGUUCCGUUAUACGUACAUAUAUUUUUUUGUAUCUUUCACAAUUAAGUCAAUUUUUAGUGUAAAUUUCGCACUCUGCGAAAUUUGUCGCGCCUUUCGUACCUUUUGUAUUGUAAUAAGAGAAAACAAAAAGAAAAAAUUAUUGUAACAACAUACAUAUGAUAUGAUAUGAUGAUAUAUGGCCGUUUAUUGCGUUGUUUCUUCGGGAUUUAGUGCUUAAGUUUACAACAAAAACAAAAAAAAAACAUUAAACAAUACCAACAACAAAACACAACAACAACAAA